AUGUCCUAUAACCAACAGCGUCACGAGAUGCUUCGAAAGCUUCAGAUCGAACAACUUCCGACCCUCUACGCUCCAACAGAAAUGGAAGAACACUACCACCCAUUCGGCGAGAGCUUACCGAUACGCUCAAAGAUGCCAGUCCCCGGCAAACGCUGUCCCAACUGUCUGAGACGUGGACAAACGAUCUGGGUGAUUCCUGGAAAGCGAUGCUCGCAGUGCGGUACAGAGGUCCUGUAA